GGAGCCAAACUGCCACUGCUCCUGUAUCAUCCAUAUUCGUAUUUCCUAAUUCCUGCCAAACUACCACGACUCCUUCAAAGAAACAGAGAGCAAAAGAGCUUCAAGGUCUUUCAAGAAUCAGGAGUGAUAUCCUGGCGGGAGGGCGAGCCCCUACCAGCUAUCGAGACCGAACUAAGUCCAGCUAGCUGAACUUCAAUGGCUUAUCUGCUCAACACCUGUCCGCCGAUGGCAUUAUCUAAUAUCAAAUCUUACCCAGUCCUAACUCCGCACCUUUCAUCUCAAAUCUCUCGGUUUUCUUCAAGGAGGAGGCUUUUGGUAAGGGCAACUGAGACUGAGAGUGAAGUUAAACCUAGGGUGCCAGAUAAGGCACCUCUAGCUAGUGAUUCCGGCAUUAAUCAAAUUCUUGGUAUCAAGGGGGCUAAGCAAGAAAAGGACAAAUGGAAGAUUCGUGUUCAGCUAACAAAGCCUGUUACCUGGCCUCCCCUUGUCUGGGGAGUGGUCUGUGGGGCUGCUGCUUCAGGGAAUUUCCACUGGACUCCUGAUGAUGUAGCCAAAUCAAUUGUUUGUAUGCUCAUGUCUGGCCCUUUCCUUACGGGCUAUACACAGACACUUAAUGACUGGUAUGAUAGAGAAAUUGAUGCUAUUAAUGAGCCCUACCGUCCAAUUCCAUCUGGGGCAAUAUCUGAGAAUGAGGUUAUCACACAAAUAUGGGUGCUGCUUUUAGGAGGCCUUGGAUUGGCUGGUUUAUUGGACAUAUGGGCUGGACAUAACUUUCCGACUAUAUUUUAUCUUGCUCUUGGUGGAUCCGUGCUGUCUUAUAUAUACUCGGCUCCACCAUUUAAGCUCAAGCAAAACGGAUGGAUUGGAAACUUUGCUUUAGGGUCGAGCUACAUCAGUUUGCCCUGGUGGGCUGCUCAAGCUUUGUUUGGGACCCUUACACCUGACACAGUUGUUCUUACACUCUUGUAUAGCAUUGCGGGGCUGGGCAUUGCAAUCGUGAAUGACUUCAAGAGCAUUGAAGGAGAUAGGGCCAUGGGACUUCAGUCAAUUCCUGUAGCCUUUGGGUCUGAAGCUGCUAAAUGGAUUUGUGUUGGUGCCAUCGACAUAACACAAUUAUCUGUGGCAGGCUAUCUUCUUGGAAUUGAGAAGCCAUAUUAUGCAUUAGCCCUUCUUGGUCUAACAGUACCACAAAUAUUUUUCCAGUUCAAAUAUUUGCUAAAAGAUCCUAUUAAAUACGAUGUAAAGUAUCAGGCGAGUGCACAACCAUUUCUUGUACUCGGCCUCUUAGUAACCGCAUUAGCAAAAAGUCAUUGAUCUUCAUGUAGAGAUGAGCACCAUAGUCAACGUAAUGGUGUUGAGUGCAACAAAUUAGGGAUAGUUUUCUUCAUAGAUGUUCGUCGCUAUUGGUUAAGAUCUUAUUUCAUUCAUGCAGUUUACAUUUGUUGUGUAUAAAGUAGAAGCUGUAAAUGGAUGUAGCUUGUGAACUUAAGGGGGCAUAUAUUAUAGUUUGAAGAUGUGGGAUCUUGAAACAAAUGCACAAUAUUGAGAGGGCAAGUGUUAAUGAGCAUUAUUUCAAUUUAAAAAGAUGACACUCCAUCUUUUAGCGGUUUAGCCCCUCAAAUCCGAUCGAACAAUUAUUUGAGAGGGUGUAAAUGAGGAUUGAAGACAGAUUGACGGAGAGUUGGAGACAAAGUGGAGUCUUAAUUCAAGUUUUUGUAUGGAGUUGAACUCGAGACAUCUCCUUUGAGACAGACACCCUUUUCCCAUUAUUUCGAUUCAAGUGAGAAGUGGUGGUUCAAGUAGUCCAAUCUGGAGACUUUAAAUUCCCUUGUUGGAGGUCAUGAAUUUAAGCCAUCAAAGAGAUAAAAAUGUGACUAAAAUGUAAUAAAAUUGGAAAUCGCUACUGGGUUUGUGUGCCACUCACAAUUUUUCUAAUGUCGUUGUCACUGUCAUUGUUGUCG